ACGGAAGCCCCCCCGGGUCGCGGUUUACAAAUCGCGAUUUUUUUAAUUUUAGACGCCACCGCAUGCAGCAAUCAUGACGGCUUUCUCGGAGAUGGGUGUGAUGCCCGAGAUUGCUCAGGCUGUGGAGGAGAUGGGCUGGCUACUUCCAACAGACAUUCAGGCGGAAUCUAUUCCACUCAUUCUUGGAGGUGGUGAUGUCCUCAUGGCUGCAGAAACUGGCAGUGGUAAAACUGGAGCAUUCAGCAUCCCCGUCAUCCAGAUUGUGUACGAGACUCUGAAGGACCAGCAGGAGGGAAAAGGAGGAAAAGUUUCAGUGAGUUCCAAACCAGCAGUGUUGAACAAGUGGCAGAUGAACCCAUAUGAUAGGGGCACUGCGUUCGCAAUUGGGCCUGAUGGACUCUGCUGCCAAAGCCGAGAGUUCAAGGACUGGCAUGGCUGUCGCUCCACUAAAGGUGUCACCAAAGGAAAAUACUAUUAUGAAAUAACGUGCAACGAUGAAGGUUUGUGCCGUGUGGGUUGGUCCACAAUAAAAGCUGCUCUUGACUUGGGCACUGACAAGUUUGGUUUUGGGUUUGGUGGAACGGGGAAGAAAUCCAACAACAAGCAGUUCGACACUUAUGGAGAGUCAUUCACAAUGCAUGACGUUGUGGGAUCCUACAUUGACAUGGAUGCUGGAACCAUCAAAUUUGCCAAAAAUGGCAAAGAUUUGGGUUUGGCAUUUGAAAUCCCUCCACCUCUGAAGGGCCAAGCUAUGUUUGCUUCCUGUGUUCUGAAGAAUGGAGAACUGCAGUUUAACAUGGGCGAGGAAGACUUCAAGUUCCCACCCAAGGAUGGCUACAUCGCUCUGGCCAAAGCACCUCAGAACUGCACAGCUACAUCCGAAUACAGAGGCAGCACGGCCAUGGCACAGCCCAAGAACCAGCCCAACGCUCCCAAGGCUCUUAUCAUUGAGCCAUCGCGGGAGCUAGCAGAGCAGACCUACAACAACGUCUGCCAGUUCAGGAAGCAUGUGGACAACCCAAAACUGAGAGAAUUGCUCAUUAUCGGUGGUGUGGCAGCAAAAGAUCAACUGCAGGGCAUAAUCGAUGGGGUUGACAUUGUUAUUGGAACACCUGGCAGAAUUGACGAUCUCGUUUCAACUGGCAAGCUGUCAGUGUCCCAAGUGCGCUUCUUUGUGUUGGAUGAAGCGGAUGGGUUGAUAAGUCAAGGAAACCUUGACUUCAUCACACGUCUCCACAGACAGAUCCCUCAGGUCACAUCAGAUGGCAAGCGACUGCAGGUGAUCGUGUGCUCGGCCACCCUGCAUUCCUUCGAUGUGAAGAAACUGUCCGAGAAGAUCAUGCACUUCCCAAUCUGGGUGGACCUGAAGGGGGAGGACUGCGUGCCCGAGUCUGUGCACCAUGUGGUGGUGCCUGUCAAUCCCAAGGCCGACCGCUCCUGGGAGCGCCUGACCAGCAACCGCAUUAUGACAGAUGGUGUGCAUCAGAAGGAUAAUACAAGACCUGGAGCCAACAGCUCUGAGAUGUGGUCAGAGGCCGUCAAGUUACUGAAAGGCGAGUACGUCUUGUGUGCCAUUCGUGAGCAUAAGAUGGACCAGGCGAUCAUCUUUUGCCGUACCAAACUCGACUGCGACAACCUGGAGCAGUACAUGAUUAAAUCUGGAGGAGGGCCUGACAAAAAACAACACCAGUACUCCUGCGUUUGCCUGCACAGCGACCGAAAACCAAACGAACGCAAAAUCAACCUGGAAAGGUUUAAGAAAGCGGAAGUGCGGUUCAUGAUUUGUACUGAUGUUGCAGCAAGAGGCAUCGAUAUUACUGGGAUUCCUUUUGUGAUAAACGUGACACUUCCCGACGAAAAGCAGAACUACGUCCAUCGCAUUGGCAGAGUAGGCAGAGCUGAGAGAAUGGGGUUGGCCAUCUCCUUGGUAGCAACGGAAAAAGAAAAGGUGUGGUACCACGUGUGCGCCAACCGCGGGCGCGGUUGCUACAACACGAGGCUGAAGGAUGAAGGUGGCUGCACCAUCUGGUACAACGAGCAACAGCUCCUAGCAGAUGUGGAGGAGCACCUGGGCAUCACCGUCCAGCAGGUGGAGCCAGACAUCAAAGUGCCUGCGGACGAGUUUGACGGGAAGGUGGUGUACGGCCAGAAGAAAGCAGCUGGAGGCAGCGGCGGCUACAAGGGCCAUGUGGACUUGCUGGCGCCGAGUGUGCAGGAGCUUGCCGCACUUGAGAGCGAAGCUCAGUUGUCUUUCCUGCAACUGGGGUUCCUUCCCAACCAGUCGUUCCGCGCCUUCUGAGCUAGUGAGCAUCUUCAUGCAACACCUAACGUAUUCUCCGAAUUAUGAGAUGCUCUGGCAAGUAAGACGCACCCCAAACUUGCGCCUGGUUUCAUUCAAGUUUUACCAAUCUAAUCUCGCAUACACACCUAGCAGAUUAUUAAAGAUUCCCCGACUUUUUCUUUAUAUUACAGCGGGAAAAAGUGCAUCUUAUGUCGCAGAGAAUAUGUUACACUUAGGAACAAGAUGUCCGGAAGUGUGUGUUAAAAUUAAUAAGGGUAAGCACAGUGGAUAAAAUUUGUGACAAAAAAACAAUGUCAUGCACUAAAUUAGAGCUGUGAUAUUCACGAGUUGAGAUUUUUUUUCCACAAAUUCACACGGCACUUGUUCGUGGGUUGUUACUUUCAGAAUGUGAAGUGCAUUAUGUGGAUGAACUAAAAAGCCACAAGGGAUUUGUAAACAUCUUCUAUUUUUUUCCCACCGCUAGGUAAUGGCAGGCAUUGUUCACUUUUAAGAUGUACGACUGACUGCAUUGUUUUGAGCCCAGCUGUGAAUAAAUCAUAAAACACAA